AUGCAGAGGGAUAAUGGAAGCAAACAAACCUUCACGCAGAUCUACGUAGUCUCUUCGAUCGGAUUAAUCAUCGCGGCGGUAAUGCAUUAUCGCCUCCGAAAGCUCAAGGAUCAGAAGAUGAUUCCCCGGAAAAAAGCGUCAGAGAAUGGCCGUGCUGAAAAGCUGGAGAGAUUCUCCCAUUAUGUAGCUAGGCAGAUGGGAUUUAAGGAUAGAAGAGAAUGUCCACAUCUGUGCAAGUUAGCUUCAGAAUACGUCAGGAAAUCAGGAGGAUUUGAGGAUGAUAUAUAUACUUUCUUUGCUAAUGAGCCAGAUGCGGAUUCUCUUUUUGUGAAGCUUGUUGAGGAGUUUGAGAGAUGCAUUCUUAGUUACUUUGCCUUUCAUUGGAGCCAAGCUGAUCUUAUGAUUAGCCAGGUAUUGAGUCAUGAUGCAGAGCCUAAAAAGAAGCUAAAGGACAUUGUAAUGCGAGCGACCAGGCAGCAGAGAUUUGAGAGGGUGACAAAGAAUCUUAAGGUGGCUAGAGUUUUCACUACCUUAGUGGAGGAGUUGAAAGCUAUGGGGUUGGCAUCCAAUGAUGACUCGCGAUGUACAGAAGUGAUGGCUCCGGUAGCCCAUGCCGAAAGAAGUCCUGUCCUCCUCCUCAUGGGCGGCGGGAUGGGAGCAGGGAAGAGCAGUGUGUUGAAGGACAUUCUCAAAGAGCCAUUCUGGGCAGGAGCUGCAGGGAAUGCAGUGAUCAUAGAGGCAGAUGCCUUCAAGGAAUCAGAUGUAAUCUACAAAGCCCUUAGCUCCAGAGGGCAUCACGAUAUGCUUCAAACUGCUGAGCUGGUACAUCAGUCAUCUACAGAUGCAGCAUCAUCCCUUUUGGUGACGGCACUCAAUGAAGGGAGGGAUGUGAUCAUGGAUGGCACACUCUCCUGGGUCCCAUUUGUUGUGCAGACAGUAACAAUGGCUAGAAACGUCCACCGCCGGCGUUACCGGAUGGGAGCUGGUUACAAGGUGGAUGAAGAUGGAACUGUCAAGGAGAACUAUUGGGAAAGAAUUGAAGAUGAAGAGCCAGAGAAAGUGGGGGGCAAGAGGAGGAAACCGUAUAGGAUAGAGCUUGUUGGGGUUGUGUGUGACGCUUACCUAGCUGUUAUUAGAGGCAUAAGGAGAGCCAUCAUAUGCAGAAGGGCUGUUAGAGUAAACUCACAAUUGAAAUCACACAAGAGGUUCGCAAAUGCAUUCCAAACAUACUGCCAACUGGUUGAUAAUGCAAGAUUAUACUGCACCAAUGCUUUGGAGGGCCCACCUACGUUGAUAGGAUGGAAAGACAGAGACAAGACACUGCUGGUUGAUCCAGACGAGAUUGAUUGUUUAAAGAGGGUAGGAAGGUUGAAUGACGAAGCCAAAUCCAUAUACGAACUCUACAAGCACCCCAACCCGGCUUGUGAGGCAGGUUCAGUUUGGAAAGAUAUUGUACUCUCACCUUCAAGGUUAAACAUUCAACAGGAGCUCAAGUAUGCCAUCCAGAAAGUUGAAAGAUCCAAGUGA